AUGCCCUACCUGCUCAUCAGCACCCAGAUCCGCAUGGAGGUGGGCCCCACUAUGGUGGGUGAUGAACAGUCGGAUCCAGAGCUGAUGCAGCAUCUGGGGGCUUCAAAGAGAAGUGUCUUGGGAAACAACUUUUAUGAAUACUACGUCAAUGACCCUCCCCGCAUAGUCCUGGACAAGCUGGAACGCAGGGGCUUCCGUGUGCUGAGCAUGACGGGGGUGGGUCAGACGCUGGUGUGGUGCCUGCACAAGGAGUGA